AAAUUACAUUUAUGAUCGAAGUAAGAAUAAACUUUCCAAUUUGGUUUCCCUUAAACCCCCUUGGCGCCGAUAACUAGGGCUUUUCAUCUUCUCUCCGGCCACACUUCAGCGAGCCUCGGAGACGGUCAUCAGAUUCGUAUGAAACCAUGUAUUUGGUUUCUCGGACGUUGACAAGAGCUCUCUGCUCCUCACUUCACCACUCGAGAGCUGCCAAACUCCCUACUCGAAAACGGGCGAUCUCUCACCAAAUCCGCUUAUACACAGCCAUCCGCGCGGCGGAAUCAUCGGAGGAUGUUACGGCGGAGAAAGAGUUGGCUCGGCCGACGGUGAUUGAGUACAAACCGGAAAUAGCGAAACAGGUUAACCUAACCGGGUUCGUGGAUCAACCGGUUCAAUUUAAGUGUUACUCCGACGGAAAGUCCUGGGCUGGGACGGUUAUCUCUCAACGCUCCGGUUUAAAAUCAUCUGAUUUCUGGAUUCCGAUUAUAUUCGAAGGUGAAUUAGCUAAAAUAGCAGCUCACCAUGUAAAGAAAGAUGAUCGGAUUCAUAUCUCCGGGAAGCUCUUUAUAGAUUCACCUCCUGCCAAUGUCACCUAUCCUCAAUCCAAUGUCCAGAUUAUGGUUCAGAAUCUCAACUUCGUAGAGGGUGCGAUCCCACCACCCCAAGUAGAAGAAAUGAGCUUCCCACCAUCUGUUAUAGAACAACUCAGCACCAAGAAACAGACUUCAAGAACAAUGAAGGUUCAAGUCAUGGUUGAAGAAAGCUCUGAUGAUUUGAAGCAUCUACUUGAAAAUCCUAAAGAGUUGUUGGAUUUGGUAAACGCAACUGAGGCAGAAGAAAUCAGCAUCCCAUUGCCUGAAAUAGAAGAACUCAGCACCAAGAAGCAGCCUGCAAGAUCUAAGAAGGUUAUAGUCUUGGAUGAAGGGACCUCUAAUCCUUGGAAUCAUCUACUUGAAAAUCCUAAAGAGUGGUUGGACUAUCGUGGGAGUAAAGCCAGCGGAUUGGUGAAACCUAAACAUCCUGACUUUAAGGGCAAGGUUGGUGGUGGUCUUUCUCUGUGGCUUAACGAUGCUCCGGAUUGGGUUUUACAAAAACUCAAUGAGCUUGAGUUUGAUGUUUUUCUCCCUAAAGGAAAAUUGAAACAACUUAAAGGUGAGGAAUUUUGGAAGGACUUGGUUCAGAACCCCGAUAAAUGGUAUGACAACAGAUCAAGAAAGACAAACAUGAAAGCCCCUGACUUCAAGCAUAAAGAGAGUGGUGAGGCACUGUGGAUGACUGACUCUCCUACUUGGGUAUUGUCAAAAUUGCCGCCUCUAAAGAAGAAUCAAGAACAACCUCUCAUGCCUAAUACUAUCUCAACGCCAACAUCCAAACAAGUUAAAAGAGAGGAAUCUUGGAAGGACUUGGUUCAGAACCCUGAUAAAUGGUAUGACAACAGAUCAAGAAAGACAAAUGCUAAAGCCCCUGACUUUAAGCAUAAAGAGAGUGGUGAAGCACUGUGGAUGACCGACUCUCCUACUUGGGUACUGUCAAAGUUACCACCUCUAAAGACGAAUCAAGAACAACCUCUAAUGGCCAAUACAGUCUCCCAGCCAACAUUGAAAAAACAGAAAAGAGAGGAGCUUUGGAAGGACUUGGUUCAGAAUCCAGACAAAUGGUGGGACAACAGAUUAAAAAGGACAAACGCGAAAGCUCCUGAUUUCAAGCAUAAGGAGAAUGGUGAAGCUCUGUGGUUGGACAAUUCUCCAACUUGGGUAUUGUCAAAGUUACCACCACUAAAUGAAGAAAUACCAGACCGGACCUAAGUUCGUUUUGCAUCCUUAUUGAAACAUACCCCCAUGUUGAUUUUGGUGACCCACGAUGUAAAAAGGGUGUUUGACUUUUAUUUCUACAUAUUUAAAUAUGAACAUCAUGAUUUGGGCUCAUUUUUUCUUAGUUUUUUAAUGAAUUAUUCAGUAACAAAAAAAAAAUUGAUUAAUUCCAUUUUUUGAAACAAAUAAUGUGGACAACAAAAACUAGAGAUUAAUGUAAGGGUCGCUCAAUAAAUAAAUCGAGUUAGCAUUUCAAGUUCAGAAAAUUGAUAUUUUGAUAAUUUAUGAUUUACAUAAAAUAGGAGAAACCCAACAAUGUAGCUUUUUGGUAGAGAAUCGGCGCCAGAGACGACGAAAACUUAAGUAUAUUUUUUACCAUGCAAGCUAAUACUUAAGUAUAUUUUUUACUACUGUGGACCCGCCCAUAUGAGAUUAAUCUCGCAAACUCCAAAGGAACCCAACGGCUACUUUUUUGAAAAUGGGCUAAACCCAACGGCUACUUCUCCGUUUGUAACGGCUCUCUGCUUUCAAAAUUUCAUUAUAUAAUCUGAGGGAGAGUGAGAGAACUUUUCUUCACAUCAAAGUAGCUACAUAACAUUGCUCUGGUCUCUCCCCGAGCCCGAUGAAAUUUAGAUCUUUUCCUCUCCUUGCCAGAACCAUGGAUUCUUCGGCGACGGCUGAUGAAGUAAACGGCGAGUCCGAUGAGUUUUUAGCUCUUUCCCUCGAGCGGUGAGCCGGUGAGGUAACAUUCUCCACUCUUCUUUUUUUUUUUUAACAGAAUUUAUAAACCAUGAAUUUUAAAAUAGUAUACAAACUGUUUUUUUUUUUGUGUCAAAGAUCUUUGUUUGCAAAAUUUUAAAGGUUUUUAGGGGAAUUUAUUGAUUACUUUUGAUUGAGAAUGGAAAAAACUUAUGUGUAAUUUGUGAAAAAAAAAUAGAACAUGUCUCCGGUCCGUAUAAGAUAGAACAUUGUUAGAGAUGGUUAUGUUUCAUUUGUCUUGACGCUUAAGAUCACUUGGUUAGUCUUUAUCAAAUCUUGUAAUAAAUUGUUUCCCCUUGCGUAUUUUCACAUUAUAAGUUUUUGGGGAAAAUUCUAUAUUACUUUAUUGAUAAUGAGGAAAAACUUAUGUGUAAUUUGUGAAAACAAAUAGAACAGUCAUCCUGUCAAUCCCUCAUUGAUCGUUAGAGAUUGAUAUGUUUUAUUUGCGACACUUAUGAUCACUUAGUUAUUUUUCUAAUCGAUCUUGAAAUAAAAGAGUUAUCCCUCUCGUAUUUUCCACAAUGUCUCAUUUGCUUUCUUGUUUUCUAUCUUUAAAUACAUACCUUCUUACUUUUUUGUUUUUUUGUUUCUUUGAUGAUUCUUUUGCUUGUUUUUGAAUUUCUUGUUGUGUUUCUCUGCUUUGAUAAUUGGUGGAGGAGAUGAGAAGUCUGCGAGUGGGAAAGAUGCAACAGAGAGAGAUACAUGCAGCGAUCAUCUUCCACGGACAUUCCGAUAUGCCAGACAGUGUGUGAUCCGAAAAGAUGUGUACGUUGUGUGAAGAUAAGAACUUGAUGAGCAAGUCUUAGCAAUAUUCAAAUGCUAACCAAAGAAGAACUCAGGUUAAAGUAAGGUUUACUUGGGGUUGAGUUAGCAGACUUUGGACCACAAAGAGAAGGCUUACUAUUGGUGUAUAGGUCUGAGCACAAAGCAGGACCGUUUGUCUCUAUGCGUUUGGCCUUAUCACAAUUGUAAGGGAGAAGUCACUUGUAACCUCUUGUAAUCCCUUUGUUCUAGUGGAUUCCGAGCAUAGUCUCGGCGAGAUGUAGCGACCCUCGUUAAUGGGCGUGAACUCGUUAAAUGUCUGUGUGUUCUCCUUCUCUUCUCUCUCACACUCUCUUAUCCAAAGUCCUCUCUCUCUGUUUCAUUCAUCUCAACAUAAAUCUGUUCUGUAUCUUUAAGUUAACACAAACAUCACUGUGAACUUAUUUCUUAUGUAAAGUCUUUUGUCUGUUGAAGGAAAAUCCUAACAGUUUGUUUGUGUCUCGGAAUAUCAGUCUCACUCAUCUCGAGUAUUGCUAUAUUCUAUCUUGUGUCUUCUUAGUCUGUUGUGUUUCAUCAGUUUAUAUGUAAAUCCCCUUCGUUCCCAAACUUGUAAACUCUGUUUCUCAAAUUGCCUUUGUUUAGAUUUUGCUCUUGAGUUUCUUGAAAGAUGAAAUAAAUUUUUUAAAGUAAGUUA